AUAUUAUUAUACACCUUCCGUUAUAUUGGCGCGAACUUCUCCUGCUCUCUCCCGCCUACUGUUACAUUUUGCAUCUCUCUCUCUUCAAUGGUGAAGGUAGCUGGAUUUCGCCCUCCUCAAUUUUCCGAGGAUGUAAAUUGGCUUCCGCCGUGGCUACAACCGUGCGAAUCCGCUGAACAGAUUCAAGGACUAUCUCAAUUUAAAUUAACAUCCGAGGAAUUGCCUUGUCUAAAUACCGUGACAAGAGAAGAUGCCAAUUUUUUGAUCACCGAGGAAGGCAGAUACAAGAGUUGCCAUUUGUUCUUAUCUGCGGAAGACAAUUCCCCGCUUACUUUUGCUUCAUCUUCUGGUAAUGUUCCAAAAUUUCAUCUACAUCUGUCAACAGAUGAUGAUUCCGAAAACAAAGAAAGUCAAUUUCUGGAGAUAUCUCAAGCUGAAAUUUCUGAACCUGAUCAUUCUCUGAAAUCAAUUAUCCCUGAAGAUGAGGCUAAGAAAUAUAAGUAUAAAGGGUCUCAGUAUGCUGGUUCAACUAAUCUUCCCACAAAUCUACUGGAAAAAUCUUGCAACCCAAGUCCUCAAUGUACCGGUAAUAACUUGGAUAAUGGUGCUAAGAGUGAAGAUCAUGUCAAGCCUGUAGAAGUUGAUGAUAUUACUGCUGCAGUUGAGCUCUCUAUUGCAGCAUCAGAAGCACUGUUAAUACAUGAAAUAAUAGACAGUGGUCAGACUACAAACUCUUUGUCUGCUUCAGCUAUACUUGAAGUAGCCCUUCGUGUAAAGCAAGCCAGACUAGAGGGUUAUAUAGAGGCCUCAAAUAUAAUGCAUGAGGAAACUAGUGAUGUUGAUUAUCUAUCAGAUUUGGAUGACUCUAUGAUGAAAGGUGCAUAUGAAGAUGUUGGGCUAAAUCUUUGUGAUUUUCAUUUGCCAAGUUCUGACUUGAACAUAUCACAAGUUAAUGAUACCUAUUCUCUUGAAAACUGUAACGGUGAUGAAAAAAUGGAUUAUGAAGAUGCUCAUAGGCUUGGAGUUAAUUCUGCUGAUUUAGUUACAAAACUCCAGCCUAAUGAUUCUACAUGUUUUGGUAUACCACCAAAAAGGAAUGAUGCAAUUAAACAGCCAGAAGAUUCUACAUGUUUCGGUUUACCACUAAAAGGAAAUGAUGCAUUAGUGCCUUUUGACAAUGUCAAGCAAAAAAAAUUUAGUAAAGACCUUUCACAAGGGCCAGGAACCUUAGACAUGGCAUUUGAUAUGAACGUCCUGGAAACACCUGAUAUCAUAUCGACAACAAAUGUAAUAGAGGAAACACCUGGAAUCAUAUCCACAACAAAGAAGGCCGAGUUUCGCGUGGAAGAUUUCAACUCAUUGCAAGUUACGUUGAACACAUCCCAUCCGGCUAUGAUAUUAGAAGAAAGUGAAAUGAAUGAUUUCACGAAUAAAGCUCAAGAGAAAUUCCGAAGCCGCUGGUUUGGUGGUUGGACACAUAAGGCUGAAGUAAAUUCAGUUGUAGCCAUAGAACAUAACAGUGAACGGUCCAUCCCUGCAUUUGUCAUUGGUGAAACAAGCAUCCUUUCUGAAUCUGCUGACAUUGCUCCAGAUGAGAACUCUUUUGUGCAGAAACAGGAUAAGGUGUCCAACCUAGCCUCUCAAUCAAGUAUACCUUCUAACCGUUUACACACUGAAAGUAUUAAAAACAAAUAUGUUGAUGAAGAUAUCAUGAUUUCAUCAACUUCAUCCAUGGGGGACCCUCUUUGUUCUUUUGUUCCCUGCAGCAUUUCUCUAGAAAAUGCAUGUUCUGGUCAAGCUCAGAACCACAUAGGCCAAGCUGAGACACACAACUCCUUUCCGCCCAUUAAUAAACACAAUGGGGACAUACCGGAGAGGUCUUCAUCCGUUGACAAUUUCAUAUGUGGACAGAAGGCAACUGGCCGAACAACUGAUUCUGUCGUUUCUCAACUCAUUGCUCGCAGGCAAGUAACCACACUUAAAACUUACAGCAUGCUACUGCCUAGCAAUGGUCCAUACUUGGGUAAUGAAAAAUGUGAUCAUUCAUUCCCUUUACAGUGCAAAUAUAAUAAAUUAGACUCUUCUUUUCCAAGUUCAAUGGCAAACACAAUUGAUGGCACAAGAAACUUAGAUGAGUCUGCUAAGGAAGCAUCCAAGUUAGUUUUCCAUGACCAGGAAGACACUGGCGCACUUGUAAAUUUAAACUGUGGAUCUAAGUUCUUCGAUGUUUCUAAGUCAUCUUUAUUGGAUAUUAAUGGAGAAGAGGAUCCAGAGCAUAGAGCACUUCGAAAUAAAGAUGGCAAGGUGUUGCAGAUCAACAACCUGCGAAUGGCAGAAGAGCAAAAUGGUAUAGUUCCAGGAAGAAAGCGUGUCCGCUUUGCUGAAACUAACAGUAGUUUUCCCCAGAAAAAGAAAGCUCAGAUGAUGGACCCCACAAUUUCGAAGCGGUCAACCAGGAGAAAGGUUGGUUUGAAAAGUUCCAAAACAGAUGUCGAACCUGAACUGAAAGCUAUUAAGAGGCGACCGAGCAAGAUUUCUGACAAAAGUUUGAAGAGGCGUAUAUUUCAAAAUUUAAAAUUCUUGCUGACAGGAUUUUCUAGUAAAAAAGAAAAGGAAAUAGAAGGUCUGAUUAGAACAUAUGGUGGCAUAGUUCUUCCUGAUGUUCCUUCUCCACCAACUUCUAGAGCACUGAGAAGCUCCAGAUUCAAAUGUCAGCUGCUUCCUGUUAUCCUAUGUUCUAGAAAGCUGCAAACUCUAAAGUUCUUGUAUGGCUGUGCCAUUAAGGCAUGCCUGGUUACAGUUGAUUGGCUGAAAGAUUCAAUAUGUGCAGGUUCCGUGUUACCAACUAAAAAGUACAUAAUUCUACCCAAUCUUUGGGGUGACAAGUACCCCAGAAUAGGAAGGCCAACACUGCAUGACAAAUAUAUUUUUGAUCAUGUAGGCAUCAUGCUUCAUGGCAAGCCUAAUUUCUGUAACAAAAUUGCGCAAGUUAUCAGACAUGGUGGUGGUCUUAUAUUCAAAACCCUCCACGUGCUGGUCCAGGCUAUCGAUGAUGAUAAGAUAUCAACAGCGGCUAUAGUUACUGAGAAUGAAAAUGGGCUCUCACGUCACCUAAAACACUGUGCCUUGGAGAGGAAGAUACCCUUGAUGCCUGAGACCUGGAUCAUUCAAAGUUUGUAUGCAGGAAAACUUCUUCCUGUCACGCAGAACAAUAGAAGGGGUAAUCUGCGCCCAUUUAGGCUACUGGAUAUUCCAGUUUCCCCGGAAUUAAGUCAAGAAAUAUAAAUCUAUGUGAUUGAUUUCUAUGGUAUGAACAGGCAGCAGGGGUAAAUAUAACAUAUGCAGCCAAUUUUUGACAACUUGCACCGGCUUGACGGCUUCUAUGUAUUUUCAGAAAGUUGGGAUUGCAGAUUGCUAUGGAAGAAUGAUGUUUAGUGAUCUAGGAAAUGGCAAUGCUCAGGCCUCAGAGUGAUUUGGAAAGUUGUGAUGUUCAGUGAUCUAUGGAACAAUAAUGUUUGCUGAUGUGACGUCAUAUUUUUGGGCGAUCAUUCACACGAAAUAGCCAUCAAGCUGGGCAUUAAAAAAAAAUGUUCCUUCGUGUAGGGGGCUUCGACUGAAGGCAUCUACUGUAUACGACCGACAAAUGUUCGCUGAUGCAAAGUGUGUAACAAAUCCAGCCUGAGUUUUUGUUUUGCUUUCAUGCUCUCUUCACUGAUGAGUGUUUCUGAGUUCUUUUAUGAUAGAAAAGAAAAAAAGAAUGAAAGGUUUAACUUGUUUGACGUGUAUUUUGAGAACGAAACUGAAAGAAACUUAAAUUAUGAAAAGAAAAUUUUGUAGA